AUGACAGUCAUGUCCCAUUCAAAGGAUCUCAAGGACGACUUUCACAGUGACACAGUCCUCUCCAUCUUAAACGAACAACGAAUUCGGGGUAUCUUAUGUGAUGUCACUAUCAUUGUGGAGGACACUAAAUUUAAAGCUCAUAGCAAUGUCCUGGCAGCUUCAAGCCUUUAUUUCAAAAAUCUAUUUUGGAGCCGUACUAUCUGCAUUUCCAGUCAUGUCCUGGAGUUAGAUGACCUCAAGGCUGAAGUGUUUACUGAAAUCCUUAAUUAUAUCUACAGUUCCACAGUUGUUGUUAAGAGACAGGAAACAGUAACUGAUCUUGCAGCUGCAGGAAAAAAGCUGGGAAUAUCAUUUCUGGAAGAUCUUACAGAUAGCAAUUUCUCAAACUCUCCAGGUCCCUAUGUAUUUUGCAUAACAGAGAAGGGUGUCGUUAAAGAAGAAAAAAAUGAAAAACGAUCUGAAGAACCAGCCAUUGCCAAUGGACCAAGGAUCACAAAUGCAUUUUCCAUUUUUGAAACCGAAAAUAAUAAUAGUAUGUUUUCUCCCCUGGACUUGAGGGCGAGUUUCAAAAAGGUCUCAGACUCAAUGAGGACAUCCAGCUUUGGCCUAGAAAGGAACGACGUCUGCAGCGAGGCUGAACCUGUCAGGACACUAGCUGAACAUUCCUACGCCGUUCCGUCGGCGGCCGACGCUUUUCAAGGACGUCCUUUGUAUGAGUGUGCCGCCAGUUCACCUUAUACACCAAGUGAAGAAAAUUCCGAUGAGGUUCCAGCAAAUACACAAACCUGUAGGCCAAAGACACCCCCGAGGCCUCAAGGUCCCAGUUUAGCAGUGGCAAAAAUACCACCCCCAAAAGGAACCAGUACAGAGGUUCAUCCAGAAAAAAGUCCCAAUCCAGCCACUGCUUCUGCUUCAGAUUCUCAAAAGAGUCAAGAAGACAACCACUUUUCUAAGGAAGAUGAAAACCCACCUGCUAACAUUCCUGAAUCCAUAGCCCCAGUCCUCCCUCCUCCUGUUUACAAUUGCACUUUUUGCUCCAAAUCAUUUGAAAAUGGAGCUUUAUUGGAGUCCCACUUGCAGCUCCACACAAAGCCCCCAGAAGCUUUCAUGUGCAAAUACUGCGAUAAACAAUUUACCACCUCCAACAGGUUGGACAAGCAUGAGCAGACCUGUAUGAACUCACACCGUCUCCCCGUUCCCGUGGGAAAUGAGCAGAGCUUUUCAUCUCCAGAUGGAAAAAUGGAAAGUUCCUACAAGAGUUCUGACAUGCUGUCAUCCGAGAAUAAGGCAGGCGAACCUUCGGGCACCAGCCGGACCUUGCCAGAAGUAGAGCACACGGUGAAGGUGGUGGAUGGGCAGAUACUCUACACAUGUAUCGUGUGCAAGCGUAGUUAUGUCACUCUGUCAAGCCUCCGAAGACACGCCAACGUCCACUCGUGGAGGAGAACCUACCCUUGUCACUACUGCAGCAAAGUGUUUGCUUUGGCAGAGUAUAGGACCAGGCACGAAAUCUGGCACACGGGAGAGAGGAGGUAUCAGUGCAUCUUCUGCCUGGAGACUUUCAUGACCUACUAUAUCCUCAAAAACCAUCAGAAAUCCUUCCAUGCAAUCGACCAUCGCCUUCCCGUGAAUAAGAAGACGGCAAACGGAGGUCUGAAGCCCAGUAUCUACCCUUACAAGCUUUACAGACUGCUGCCUAUGAAAUGCAAAAGGGCUCCCUAUAAGAGCUAUAGAAGUUCUUCCUAUGAAAAUCCACAAGAAAAUAGGCAAACUGGUGAGGCUGCUCCUAGUUCCUGCAUUAUUAAGAAUCCACGAAGCUCUGAACUGCCCAUUUUAACUUUCCAAGACAAUGUGAAUAUGCUGUCAAAUAGCCCGGCCAUUUUACCCAAUGUCCCUGUCAGCAAAGAAGCCCACAAGGCUACAGAUCCUCCCAAUGGGGUCCCUUGGGGAGGAGGAGGAGGAGGAGGAGGAGGAGGAGGAGGAGGAGGAGGGCUGCUGAGCCCUGUUAAAAAUAACUUUAUUCCUGUUGAGAAACCAGUUCCCUCAGGAGGAAAAAGUCUCACUUCUGGCUCCCAGGGAGGUGACGUGACAAUUCCAUCUUACAGUAACGUCAGUGAAAAUGCCACAUCGGUCAUCAGCUAUAGCAGCUCAGCCCCAUCUGUCAUUGUGCACAGCAGCCGGGUUUCGUCAGUGAUAAUGCACAGUAACGCAGUCGCUGCCAUGACGAGCAGUAACGCCAUCACUUCCAACAUCACCGUUAACCAGUCCCCAAGAGAUGACAGUAAGCAUGCUGAGAAUUUGGGCAAAAUCCCCAACAAGGUCAAAAGCAUUAAGGAGAAGAAGAAAAGUGUGCCCUACAACAGGGGAGAAACGUUCGAGGAGGCAAAGUAUGCCACCAGCUCUGGAGGUCCUUUGAGUAAAACCACGAGUGUUAUUGAGGAAACCAGUAAAACUGAAACGUAUAUUGCGAAACCUGCCUUGCCUGGAACGUCAACCAACAGUAAUGUAGCACCUCUCUGCCAGAUAACAGUAAAAAUUGGGAAUGAGGCUAUUGUGAAAAGACACAUUUUGGGGUCCAAACUAUUUUAUAAAAGGGGAAGACGAUCCAAGCAUGAAACUCAGGAGGAGAGUUUGCCACAAGAAAAUGAUAUGGAAAAAAAAGAGAGCAGCAGCCCAACCAGGUUGAGUCGUUCUGAAUGUGUGGAAAUGAGUGAAAUGUUUGAUGAAGGGAGCGACCAGGAUUCCACAGACAAGCCUUGGCGUCCGUACUACAAUUAUAAACCCAAGAAGAAAUCCAAACAAUUAAAGAAAAUGAAGAAAGUCAAGUGGAAGAAAAGACAUGGAAACAGGAGCCCAAGCAGUGAAUUCACAAACUCCAGUGACAUAGACUGCUCCAUUAAAAGAAGCCCAAAGGAAAAGAUCACUGAAGGAGAAGAUAAUAAAGAGAUGCCCAGCCUUCACUGCGAACUUUGUAUUGGGGAUAAAGGAUCUACCGAAGGACAUCAAGGGCAGACCCACUGGCAUCAUAACACGUCCAAGUCUCAUGUUUGUGAACUAUGCCAAAAACAGUUCCAGAGCCCCUCCACCCUCAAAAUGCAUAUGAGAUGUCACACUGGAGAGAAGCCUUACGCUUGCAAAACAUGUGGAAGGUGUUUUUCAGUUCAAGGGAACUUACAGAAACACGAACGCAUUCAUCUCGGAGUCAAAGAAUUCGUCUGUCAGUAUUGUAGCAAGGCAUUCACUUUAAACGAAACCCUCAAAAUCCACGAAAGAAUUCACACUGGUGAAAAACGUUAUCGUUGUCAAUUCUGUUUGCAGAGCUUUCUGUAUCUGUCCACCAAAAGGAAUCACGAGCAGAAGCAUAUCCACGAGCAUAAUGGGAAGGGUUAUGCUUGCUUUCAGUGCCCUAAAAUCUGCAAAACAGCAGCUGCCCUGGGGAUGCACCAAAAGAAACAUUUAUUCAAAAGUCCCAAUCAACCAGAGAAAAAAGAGGGUGGGGGCAAUGAAAUCCCUAAGUCCUUGGAGAAUCAACCCUUCACUGACUCAGGUGGAAACAAGAUGAAGGAAACUCUACAAACUAUGCCCGAAGAUGUUUUCCUUUGAUUGACAGUGGUGGGAAAACCACUAGAAUGAUAUGAUAUUUUUUUCUUUUUAGGUAUCAGACAUCAUUGGGUGAAGUAUAAAGGAAAUUCAAAUUUGUGUAAGUUCCUGAAACAUGACACUUUUCCUUCCUAUUCAUAGGUUUCAGCAUUAACUACAAAAGCAAAACACACCAAAACAUUCAAACCGAGGCUUCAUAUAUAUUCCCCAAUAUAAUGUGAGGGUAAAUGAGAUUCUUAACUACAAUAUUUCUGCCAGUGGUACUUUGUAAUUUAAAAAGAAAAAGAAUCAGCCAGACACUCUUUUGGUGGAGUGUUGUUAGGAGCUGCCAAACUGGCUGGGAAAUACUGAACUUUAAUCACUUUGAAGAAAAUAAGAGUUCAGAUGCCAUAAGAAUGUCAACUUCACCAGUGUGUUAAAAGGUGAAUGAAACUCAUCAUCGACUCUUUUCCCCCAUCCAAUUUUAAUACCGUUAAAAUUUUCAAAGGAUAAACUUUGGAUAUUAUAUGAAACUCUACAUGGUUGGGGAAAAAUUGUGAGAUGAGUAACCUAAAGAAGGCAUUCAUCUUCCUUUCUUGUAAAACAAACCUUGUAAAAAAUAACACAAACCCCAUAGUUUUAUACUGUCCAUGUUUGGUUAGAAAAUGAAAGUGAUGAAGGGAAAGUAGGUCUACAAAUGAGAAUUUGGGAAAAAUUCAUAAAGGGUAUUUUCAGUAUGGCCAAACACCUAACUUAAGAACACAGUGCGUGCUACUGGAUGACAUUGUUCUCUUGAAGUUAUUGCUGAUCAACUAUGGGGAUCUUGACAUCGGUGGUCUAUUUGGUAUCCCCACCCAAACAUCUUUUUACCACACCACUAAAUAUACCAGCAGUUACUUAAACUGUAUAUUACUUCAGGAUAGCUUCAUAACAGCUCAUCUCACCUCUGAGAAUGAAGAAGGGUCAAAUUUGGCUGAACAUAUCUGCAGUCUUCCAGGCACCAUUCAAAUCUCAGAAGGCUACCAUUUCAAGGCAGGCCCAACCAAAUGAAAUGUGUCUUACCCAGCUCCACUGGGCAAGUAACUGAAAUGCUUGAGAAAGGUAAGCUUAUGUAGUAAACUGUCAAGCUUUUGAUUAUGCCUCAAUGCCCAAACCCUACCACCAAGGGCCAUCUUGUGGAAAGACUGGGUAGUCCACACAAGUUAUCAUGCAAGAGUGAGAUACUUAGGGAAACCUGGAAUUUCCAUCUCCAGGAGGUUGUUGGCCUGAGGGAGUGAAGCUCUUAGUCUCUUAAAUCCAAACGUUAGCACUAUUUGACUUCUGGACUCUGUAUAAAGGUGGGAUGUUGAAUGAGUAAAGAGGCUUUCUACUCCCUUACUUAUCUGACUCCUGUGAAAUUAGACUACCAUGCUAGAUGCCUCUUUUCAUUCUUAGAUACCUUACCAGAGACCUCUAUACAUCCCCUAAUAUCAUUUCCAGCUGACAAGCGCCCUUAACGUUUUCCCCCCCAAAACUGACUCGCUGCUGCCUGUGGUUGUCAGAUUAAAGAAGUUCACGUUGUUUCUUCCCCAGAAGGGGUAGGAGCCAUGAUUCUGACUUUCUGCACUUGCCAGAGAGAGAUUGGGUGCAUUCCUGACCUGUCCCCUCACAUUAAAGCAACUUCUGGAAGCUACCCAUCAAGAGCUCAAGGGUUGCCCUGCAGUCCCUGAAACCAAUUCGGAAUGCAUAGCGCCCUCCAACGUGAUAUCUUGUGUCGUCGCUCUACAGGAGUAUCUCCCAUCAUGCUAUUCUGAAGUCUUUAUGAAAAGGACUUUUGUUACAUUGGAUGAGCAAGGCUGCACCUUAAAAAUCCAGAAAAGGACGGGAUGGAAGCUGACCUUUAAUUUUGUAGUGCUUUGCUAUUAAAUAACCACAAUACUGCAGCCUCAAUAACCUCCUGUCUCCAUUUUCACUUUCAUACAGUAUUAUAAAGGGCAAAAAACAAGUGAAUUUACAUGUUCUUUUUAUACAUAACAUACCUGCACUAAUCAUUUACUUUGGGUUUUGUUUAAAAAGUUUUGUAAGAGUCAGACAGGGCUAAAAAGUCUUUGUUGAAAUAAUACCUACAGUAUUGAAUAGUUAAUCCUGUGGUCCACUGAUUCAUGCUACCCUAGAUGAGGGCUAUGUGUCCAGGAGAAGUAUUUUAUUUCAUUAGUUCCUUUGGCUUCAGACAAUGCAAGUUGUGAAGUCACUAUUAUCAGUAGUGAAUUCUUCCAGUCUGCACAUGUGGGAUGUUUUCUAAGUGGACUUGUACGCUGAUAAUUCUAGACCAAAGUAAAUAUGGCAGAAUAUUUAUACAUGAAAAGAUAAUUUUACAAAUAUUUUCUAUAAUUGUAUCAUUCGUAAAAAAAAAAUAAAAAUAAAAAUGCUGAUAGCUUGUGUUCGUUUUGGGGGAGGGUUGUAUAUUUUGAUUAAAAAACAAAACCAAAAAAAAAAACCCUUGACUUUGUAAUUCUGUAUAUCCUAUACAGUUUCUAGCAGAGCAGUUUUAAGACAGCAUCUUAAUGUUUAUAGUCAAUUGUGGAAAAUUUAUUCUAAGUCCUAUGUUUAACGUAAUGAGUCAAGUACUGAUGACCAAACUAGAACUGAAGUAAAUGUAAUCAAUGAAUCUAUCGUAUGCUUUACAUGAUAGAAUGUCACUUGAGAUGUUAUAGCAUCUGUAUUUUGUUUAGAAAAUAUUAUUAAAUGCAGAUGUAAAGAGUUGGAAAAAGUCUAAUUUUAUUUUUAGAAAGAAUGAAUAUAAAUUUGGUUUUGCUUGAUUAAAAACUGGCUUAUUCUUUUUUCUAGUCUCUUUUCAAAUAUCUGAAAUGGUAAUUCUCUUAUACCAGCAGGCACUGUACUUUUACAGACUGAUGUUGAACAUUGGACUUGCCUGCUGUAUUUUUGUUUCUUUGUUUGUUCAUACACAGUGAAAUAGCAACACGGCAGUGACCUUCCAGUCUAGGACUAAGGAAGAACAUGGCAUCUUUAGAAGGUGGCAUCAUGAAAGACAGAAUAUUCUUUUGGCUAAUCUCAAAGGAUGGCCCAUUGCACAGAGGUGUUUGAUAAUUGUUGGAAUGAAUGAAUGAAUAAAUGAAGAUGCUAAUACAUGAUUAUUAUUAAGUUAGUGUUUAUGUUGAUGGGGGAGGUGGGGGAAGCAUGUCAAAGCACUGUCAUUCUACUUUGCCUGACUCAUCAGUGACUUUAAACAGUUCACUAGAUGACAGUACAUGAUUUCUUAAUUGCACUCAUCUUCCAUAUUUGAAUCAGACCUAACAAAUCAAUUAUAAAGUUUUUCUGAACUCUCUAUUCAUAUAUGAAAAAUUUACAAACUAUUUCAACAAAUGCAUCAUCUGUUAAAAAGAAAACCAAACAUUGUCAAUAUUUCUUUAAUCAUUUUGAAAGUUUUUUUAAAAAUCAUUCUGAAAUUUUUAUUCCUUCUGCCAGUCUUCCUUUUCUCCUUCAUAGAUAAUGACCCAUGACAGUUCCACUUCCUACAUCUCAAUAACUGUAAAAGCGUGGAAGGACGUUGAACAAUUCAUCUCCUUCAUUUUCUUUCAUAUCUGAAAGUCCCUCUCCUCCAGCUAUUCUGACUGUCUGCAUUGCCUUCCUUUCAGAGGAGGGGUUGUCCUUGGCCAAAUUCCUGGGCCAAGUAGAGCAAUGGAUAAGUCCAUUGACUUGCUGUGCAUUUAUUUGAUCAAAAGAGAUUUAAACACUAAAGGAAAAACUUGUUCUUACACCAGUGUGGUAUUUGUGAUACAUAAAAAGUUUGACAUCAAGGUCUAUUUAAUAAAUGACUUUUUUCUGAA